CAAAUAUGGCGGACGCGCGGUAGGAAGACAAUUUUAUAUUAAAAAAUGUCAAAUAUGGGGUUAAAACUGUAUUAGAUAAACAUCAUUGUUUGCUCAUUUGAAGGUAACGUGAGAGAUCGGCAAAAUGAUGGUGGCAUCACCUCUGAGUCCCCAUGAUGCGUCGGCGCAGCUUACAACAUUCAAGUCAUAUGUAGCACUGAUUGAUGAUCCAACACCAGGAAUUGUGGAGAAAAAACUCAAAGCUGCACAGGAACUUAGUGAGAACUUUGAGGUCCGAGGCUUCUGGCAGAGUGUGGUGCUGUCUCCACAGUACCCACAAUUCCUAGCCGAUGCCUUACGAGUUUUCCUCAAAAUCCUAGAGGAGGGAGAACCUCAGUUUAUAGCAGAACAAAAUAUGCAGCAAUUGAGAAAGUUACUACUUGAGAUCAUACACCGGAUUCCCAGUAAUGACCACCUCAAGAAGUUCGUCCAACAGAUCCUCUCACUCAUGUUUAAACUACUCAAGAUUGAGAAUGAGGAGAAUGUUCUGGUUUGUCUACGGAUCAUUAUAGAGCUACACAAACAGUACAGACCACAGAUGAAUGAAGAGAUAAAAGAUUUCCUGACAUUUGUAAAGAGUAUCUACAAUGCGAUACCCAACCACCUGCCAAAGAUCUUUGAGCCUCACAAUCAAGUGAAAGUGAAGGAUGUGAUGGAGAUCAAUGUAGACGCUCUGCUCCAGGAGACUUUCACCGUCACCACCAUCAUGACUGAUAAGAAAAACGCUGACAACCAAAAUAUUUCUUAUAACAUCAUCCCUCGUGGUAUCCUGUCCCUGAAGGUGCUGGCUGAGCUCCCCAUCAUUGUAGUACUGAUGUACCAGCUGUACAAGCAGAACGUCCAUCAGGAGGUCGCCGACUUUAUCCCCCUCAUCAUGAACACCAUUAUACUACAACCAUCUAGUGUCCACAGAUCUAGUCCAUCCUUUAACAAGGAGGUGUAUGUUGAUUUCAUAGCGGCCCAGAUCAAGACUCUGUCCUUCCUGGCCUACAUCAUCAGAUUUUAUCAGGAACAAGUUCAGGUUCAUGCGACCCCAAUGAUGAAAGGUCUUCUGGGACUGCUGACAUACUGCCCACAGGAAGUGGCUCACCUCCGCAAAGAUCUGCUUAUUGCUGCUCGACACAUUCUGGCUACUGAUCUUAGAAACAAAUUUGUCCACUGUAUUGACAAGCUGUUUGAUGAGAAUGUCCUUAUUGGUUCUGGCUGGACAACAUAUGAGUCGCUGCGUCCCCUUGCUUACAGCACUCUUGCUGAUCUUGUUCACCAUGUACGACAGGCCUUGCCACUGAACGAACUCUCCCUAGCCGUGAACCUAUUCAGUAAGAAUGUUCACGAUGAGUCCUUGCCGAGCUCCAUUCAGACAAUGUCCUGUAAACUUCUGUUGAACCUUGUCGAGUGCAUUCGUGCUAAGAGUGAACAGGAGAAUGGAAACGGGAGAGAACUCUUGAUGAGGAUGCUGGAGGUGUUUGUUCUCAAGUUUAAAACCAUUGCCAAGAUACAGCUCCCUCAGAUCCUACAGAAAUGUAAACAACAGCCCCAAGUCCCUAACAACAACCACCAGCAACCCAUUGAUCCCAAAACACCUGCAGCUGAUGUAAAGCCGACACUAGAGCUAACAAAAGUUGCUGCAGAUGGGAUGAAGUCGGGGCUUGAUGUUUCCAAACCCCCCGGAGAUUCUUUGAAAGAUGACAACAAACUGCCUUCUCAAGGUCUGAUGUCCGACAGUGUUAAAGAUAAAGAGGACAAACCUUGGGCAGAGAAGGGACCAGGGGAGAAUCGUUUUGGUGUGACACCCAGUCAGUAUACAACCUAUUCGGUGACGGACUGUCGCGGUCUGGUGAAGACACUGGUCUGUGGUGUGAAGACCAUCACAUGGGGCAUUGUGUCCUGUAAAGCAGCAGGUGUUGAUGCAACGGUAAUGCAGAGUAAACAGUUCCUGCCGAAGGAGGCCCUCGUUUACAUCCGCCUGGUGAAAUACGCACUGCAAGCUCUGGACAUCUACACUAUCAACGUGUCUCCGUCAGGACAGGCCGUCAUUAGGCCUGCGGUGGUACAGAGUGUGAGAACCAAGGAAGAGAAGGAGGUUUUGGAACACUUCGCUGGAGUGUUUACUAUGAUGCACACCCUGACAUUCAAGGAGAUAUUUGCUCAGACAGUCGAGUAUAUGGUGGACAGAAUUCACAACAACUAUGCACUUCAGAUUGUGGCCAACUCAUUUCUGGCCAACCCAACAACCUCUGCUACUUUUGCCACCAUUCUGGUUGACUACCUGCUGGCUCGUCUGGAGGAGAUGGGCUCUACCAUGGACAGAUCUAACCUGUACCUGAAACUGUUCAAACUCGUGUUCGGAUCUGUAUCUCUGUUUGCCGCUGAGAAUGAGAAAAUGUUGAAGCCCCAUCUACAUACGAUUGUGAACCGAUCCAUGGAGUUGGCGAUGAGUGCGAAGGAGCCGUACAACUACUUCCUGUUGCUGCGGGCAUUGUUCCGGUCCAUUGGAGGUGGGAGUCAUGACCUACUGUACCAGGAGUUCCUGCCCCUGCUGCCAAAUCUACUGCAAGGCCUGAACAGUCUACAGAGUGGUCUCCACCGCCAGCACAUGAAGGACCUAUUUGUGGAGCUAUGUCUCACAGUUCCCGUCCGACUCAGCUCUUUACUGCCCUACUUACCCAUGCUGAUGGACCCCCUAGUGUCAGCCCUUAAUGGGUCACAGACCCUUGUCAGUCAGGGUUUGCGGACACUGGAGCUGUGUGUAGAUAAUCUCCAGCCCGACUUCCUGUACGACCACAUACAACCUGUCAGGGCUGAACUAAUGCAGGCCUUGUGGAGAACUCUACGCAGUCCUGUUGACAAUGUCGCUCAUGUGGCAUUCCGGGUCCUUGGAAAGUUUGGGGGAGGUAACAGGAAGAUGUUACGGGAGCCACAGAGGCUACAAUACAAUGACCGGGAGACAGUCGGACCCUGUAUCACUAUCUACUUCCAGGAUGUGAAAACACCAAUCACUCUCCCUGUGGAAAAGGCGAUUGAUGCUGCCCUCACCACGCUCAAGUGCAGUACAUCAGAUAACUUUGCGCGACGCCAGGCCUGGGAACUAAUCAAGUGUUUCCUGGUAUCAGUGAUGAACCUGGAGGACGACAAACAGACGCUCACUAACCUAUUCACCCACCCGAGCUUUACAGAGAAAGAAAUUCCCCUGCAGACAGGACCCCUGUACAAGAACCCCGACUCCCACUCCCGGAGGGUCCAUGAACAGGCACUUACGGGAAUGUUUGUCGCUGCUGCCAUCAAGGAACUGCGACAGACUGUGCUGACCUUCAUGGCUUGUAUGGUGCGCCAUUACACAAUGAUCUCAAUAUCACAGCAGUGUGGUCCGUUCCCAGUGGGGGAGAAGCAGAACAAGCUACACGGAAUGGACACACAGAUCCUGAUUGAUGCCCUGGCUGUCAUCAUGGGACAUGAGGAGAAGGAGCUAUGUAAGCCUGGUAACCUGGCCCUCAUCCUCAUCCUCGAUACGGCCACUACCAUCCUCGGCAGCAAGGAGAAGGCAUGUCAGCUGCCAAUGUUUGACUACCUAGUGGAGAGGAUGUGUUCUCUGUGUUAUGACCGUGCCUGGUAUGCCAAAUGUGGAGGGUGUUUAGCCAUCAAGUUUAUGUACGAGCGGAUGUCCCUGAAGUGGGUAUUGGAGCACCAGUUUACAUUCCUGAAAGCCCUCCUGUUUGUCAUGAUGGAUCUCACUAAGGAGGUGUCAAGUGGUGCUGUGGAUUUGGCCAAGUACAACUUGGAGAAUAUGCUGAUUAAGUGUGCUCAGGAGAUCAAACCAGAGGAAGCCAACGAGGAACUUCUGGCCGUACAGAAAAAAUCAUUCAAUGAUGUUACACACGAGCUGGUGCGGCAGAUCACAUCCCCCAAUACCACAGUUAGGGAGCAGGCGAUGCAUUCCCUGGAGGUCCUUGCCAAGACCACCAAAAAGACUGUGACUGAGAUAAUGGAGCCCCAGAAACAGGUGUUACAAGACAUGAUACCGCCUAAAAAACACCUGUUACGCCACCAACCCGCUAACGCUCAAAUAGGGCUCAUGGAUGGUAACACUUUCUGCACAACUCUGGGGCCACGCCUUUUCACCAUCGACCUCGCUGUCAUAGAACACAACGUCUUCUUUAACGAGCUGCUGAGUCUGUGUGAGGCUGAGGACGCUGCUCUACAGAAACUGCCCUGUUACAAGUCGGUCACUGAUCUAGUCCCUCUCCGCAAGAGUGCGCUGCGUGCCCUGGCAGCAUGUCACUACAUACAGAACCAGAGAGAGAAGCUGUUCUCAGUGCUGGAUAAGGCUCUUAAUAGUAACAGUGCUGAACUACAGAGGGUUGCCUUCGACUGCAUGAAGAAGUUUAUCUCAGGAUGUCAGAUAGAGAUUGAAAUUGUUUACAAGAAGAUGCGGCCAUUAUUGUCGACACUGAGCGACCACAGUAGCCUGAACAGCAACGUGAUUCAGCGACUGUCGUACAUCACACAACUCUUCCCCAACAUCUUUAACGAGAAAUUCUGUGAACAGCUACUGAAACACUUGAAGAAAUGGCUGGAUGUUGCAGCCACAAGCCAGAAACCACCACAGAAUAAAUCUAAUGGUCAAGUGAUCCCACAGGAGUUGAAGACCUGUGCUUCCAUCAUUGAUAUUUUCCACAUGAUUCCUGCUGCUAGCAACAAACUCAUCGAGCCCCUCAUACAGAUUACUUUACUAGGGGAGAAAACUCUCUUUCUUGAGGCUGGCAGUCCAUUCCGUGACCCUUUAAUCAACUUCCUGAAGCGGUACCCAGAGGUCACAGUGGAUUUAUUUCUCAACGAGACACGCCUGGGUGAUCAACAAUGGACAAGGCUCUUCCAUUUUGUGAUCGCCCACAAGAAUGGCAAACAGUUCCGAGAAGUUCUCAAAAAUAAUGCCACCCGUCUGAUGAACAUUUUCUCCAUUGCCCAGGGGGCAACGCCCACCACUACUGACGUGUCAGUGUCUUCCCCCGCCCCUUCUCCAACCCCGGGGCCCAACGUUGAGUUGCAGUUUCAGAUCAUCAAACUCAUUAGCCUCCUUGUGAGACAUGAGGAGCAGUGGCUAGCGUUACAUCCUGUAAUUGUGACCAGUCUACUACAGCUGUGGAAGUCUGAGGCAUUUCAGGAAAGGCAUAACAAACUGGAGGCUGUGGAGAUGGUACACUGGAAGGAGCCCGCUCUCCUUGUCAAGUGUCUCCUCAACUACUUCAGGUUUCACACCAACGAGAAUGAGCUACUGUUUCACAUCCUACGGUGUUUUACCAACCGAUGUGUUGUCCAGUUUCAGUUUGUCAAGGAUUUCCUGGAUAACACUGUGGCAGCGACUUACUCCAUCGAGUGGAAGAGGAGUGCCUUUUUCAAGUUUGUUGACAUUUUCCAUGAUACCAAAUGGACACAGGAAAUCAAGGCAAAGAUCCUGCAGCACAUCCUCAUCCCCUGUUUCCACCAGGUGUUUGAGGGUGGGGAUGGUGAGAAGUUGAUUGGUGGCCCCCCAGCACCAGAUCAGGACAACAUGGAAAACAUCAUUAGUGUUUUCAUCAACAAAAUCAUCGACCCUGACAACCCAUUUGGGACGUCUGAUGCUGUGAGGAUUCUUCUGCUGCAGCUGUCAUCACUGCUGGUGGAACAGGCGUCGUCUCACAUACAUGAUGCUGCUAACAAGAAGCAAGGUAACAAACUGCGACGGCUGAUGACCUUUGCCUGGCCCUGCCUGUUGUCUAAAAACUGUGUGGACCCGGCAACAAAAUACCAUGGCCACCUGCUACUAUCACACAUCAUUGCUAAAUUUGCCAUCCACAAGCGGAUUGUCCUGCAGGUUUUCCACAGCCUGCUGAAGGCACACGCUGUGGAGGCGCGCACGGUCGUCAGGCAGGCUCUCGAGAUACUCACUCCUGCCAUGCCUGGACGCAUGGAGGACGGAAACGGGAUGUUGACCCACUGGACUAAAAAGAUAAUUGUGGAGGAGGGACACACUGUGGCACAGCUUGUACACAUACUGCAACUUGUGGUGCGUCAUUACAAGGUGUACUACCCAGUCCGACAUCACCUGAUCCCACACAUGGUCAACUCUCUACACAAGCUCGGCUUCACUUCAAGUGCCUCUAUUGAACACCGUAAGCUGGCAGUGGACUUAGCAGAGGUAGUCAUUAAGUGGGAGAUGCAGCGAAUCAAGGAUGACCAGGACCCCUCGUUUGUAGAGCCAGCCAGUCAGGAGCUGAGCCAGGCCCUGACUCAAAACCUCCCGGUAAAGCGGUCAACGUCUGUAGACUCCCCUCAGGAAGCCAAGCGAUCACGUCACUCCUCUGGAGCGAGUACUCGAAGUCAGUCUGACCUUACCAAGCCCAUAGAGAAGAAUUACUGUGAUGCUGUUGUGAAUUUCUUACUGCGGAUAGCAUGUCAGGUAAACGAAACACCAGGAUCUCCAGGCGAAAUUUUGUCUCGUCGAUGUGUGGGUCUCCUGAAGAUGGCGCUGCGACCUGAUAUCUGGCCAAACACAGAACUGAAACUUGUCUGGUUUGACAAGUUACUGACGACAGUAGAAAAUCCUCUGCCUAACUUUAACAACAUCUGUACCGCCCUGGAGCUGCUCAGCUUCCUGCUCACCAUACUGAAGAAGGAGACAAUACUCACUAGCUUUAAGCCACUCCAGCGCGGGAUAGCUGCCUGUAUGACAUGUCCUAACACCAAAGUUAUCCGCGGGGUACACAGUCUUCUGUCUCGACUCAUGAGCUUCUUCCCCACGGAGCCCGUCACCUCCAAUGUUGCCUCCAAGUACGAGGAGCUUGAAUGUCUGUACGCCUGUGUCAGCAAGGUUGUGUACGAGGGACUCACCAAUUAUGAAAAGGCGUCGUCUGGCUCCCCGUCCCAGCUGUUCAGCACACUGAUGAUCCUAAAGGCUGCCUGUAUGCACAAUCACUGUUACAUUGACCGACUCAUCACAACAUUCAUGAAGGUUCUACACAAGAUGGCGCGGGAACACCUGGUCCCCACCUCCCCCGAGUCUAGUCCAGUUGCGAGUGAGCUAAUGAUACUGAGUCUGGACCUGGUGAAGAACAGGGUUGGAGUCAUGAGUCUGGAGAUGAGAAAGAGCUUCAUUGGACAAAUCCUUGUUGGACUCAUCGAGAAGACCACCGACGCCAAAGUGAUGAAAGCCAUUACAAAGAUGGUGGAGGACUGGGUCAAAACUAAGACUCCCAUUGCUAUCAACCAGUCACCAAGUAUCAGAGAGAAAGCCAUCCUACUGGUAAAACUCAUGCAGCAUGUGGAGAAACGCUUCCCUGAUGAACAAGAACUCAAUGCACAAUUCCUUGAACUAGUCAACUAUAUCUACCGCGAUGAAAGCCUCAGUGGAACGGAGCUAACAUCCAAACUAGAGUCUGCCUUUCUGGGUGGACUACGCUGUAAUCAGCCCACCAUCAGACACAAGUUUGUCGAGGUGUUUGAGAACUCCAUCCCACGACGGAUGUUUGACCGUCUGCUCUAUAUCACCUGUACACAGAACUGGGAGGCCAUGGGUACUCACUUCUGGAUCAAACAAUGUGUGGAGUUACUACUGUCGGUGGCUAUGAAUGGCCACAGUAUCCAGAGCUCCUCGUCCUUAAACCUAUUACCAUCAGCAAGCUCCAUUGUGAAUUUGGCAGACAGCCUGGACCGUGCAGCCUUCCAGACAAUCAUGAAGAUGAAGGAAGAACCAAUGGAUGUGGAAUCAGUUGACUCGAACAAAGAGGAGGAGGAGAUAGACAUGGAGUUGAGCGGUGUGUCGUCAGACGAGAAUAUUCAAAAGGAACCGCCCAAAAAGGAGAACCAGGACCCUCGUCAAAACAUCAAUACAUUACUACAACGCCAGGCUAAGUUUCUUGAGAGCUGUCGAGAGGUCAAGACGGUGUCAUACCUGAACGCUCUGUCCCAGCUCUGCCACACCUCCACAGACCUAGGCCAUGCCUCCUGGGUUGAUGCUUUCCCACGAAUCUGGAAAAUACUCUCCGACAAACAACAGCAGAUGUUGGGCGGGGAGCUGAUACCGUUCAUGUGUAGUGGGAGUCAUGUCAUACAGAAGGAUUGUCAUCCCUCCUCUAUACACACAUUCCUGGAGGGUCUGUCUCACUGUGUACCCCCGGUACAUAUACGUCCAUGUGUCCUUAAGUACCUUGGCCGAACACACAAUCUAUGGCACAGAGCCUGUCUCCAACUGGAACAGAUUGCAUUUGAGAAUGGUCCAGCAGUCCAAGUGAAAAAUAGGCUGGCCAGCGAGUACGAGUUUGAACCGGUCACUUCCCCACAACAGGAGACUCUGGAUGCCCUCUGUGAACUGUACUCCCUGCUCAAGGAGGAGGACAUGUGUGCCGGCCUGUGGCAGAAGCGGGCUAAGUUUGCUGAGACCAAUAUCGCUCUAUCCUAUGAACAGCAUGGCUUCUUUGAACAAGCUCAGGCAUCUUACGAACAGGCGAUGAGUAAAGCACGUUCUGAUCACAACUCGGGCCCUGCCUCCCCAUCAGUCCUGCCCGAGUAUCGCUUGUGGGAGGAGCGCUGGAUACGGUGCUCUAAGGAGCUGAACCAGUGGGACCUACUGAAGGAGUAUGCAGGGGCCAAGGGUAACACCAAUCCCCACCUGGUUCUGGAGAGUGCCUGGCGAGUCCCUAACUGGGCACUCAUGAAGGAUGCCCUUGCACAGGUUGAGCUGUCGUGUCCUAAAGAAAUGGCCUGGAAGGUGAACCUUUACCGUGGUUACAUCGCCAUAUGUCAGCCUGAUGACCAUCACCUCAACACUGUCACCAUGAUUGAGAGACUGGUAGAGGUGUCUAGUAACCUGGCUAUCAAGGAAUGGCGACGUCUACCCAGCAUCGUAUCCCACAUCCACGUCCCCCUGUUACAGGCUGCUCAGCAGAUCAUGGAGCUACAGGAGGCCGCCCAGAUAAACCAAGGACUCCAACCCGCAAACAUCACUCGCAGCUCCAGUCUCCACGACAUGAAAGCCAUCGUCAAAACAUGGAGAAAUCGUCUGCCAAUGAUAUCCGAUGAUCUGUCUCACUGGAGUGACAUCUUUACCUGGAGACAGCAUCACUACCAGUUUAUAGUUGAUCACUAUGACAACCACUCACAGCAGGAUCCACAAAACAGUAACCACUCAAUGUUGGGCGUGCACGCCUCCGCUCAGGCUAUCAUACACUUCGGAAAGAUUGCCCGCAAACACAACCUGACAGGCGUGUGUCUGGACUCACUGAGCAGAAUUCACACGAUACCCAGCGUGCCCAUUGUAGAUUGUUUCCAGAAAAUCCGCCAGCAAGUCAAGUGUUACUUACAGAUGUCUGGAUCGAUGGGCAAGACAGAACUCAAUGAGGGUUUGGAGGUGAUAGAGUCAACGAAUCUCAAGUACUUCACCAAGGAGUUCACAGCCGAGUUUUACGCUCUGAAAGGCAUGUUUCUAGCCCAGGUGGGGCGCUCAGAUGAUGCCAACAAGGCCUUCUCAGCAGCUGUCCAGAUGCAUGACACACUGGUGAAGGCCUGGGCACUCUGGGGAGACUACCUGGAGACAGUGUUCACGCGGGAAAAACGAAUGAACCUCGGUGUCUCCGCCAUCACAUGCUUCCUGCACGCCUGUCGUCAUCAAAAUGAGAGCAAGUCACGGAAAUACCUCGCCAAGGUGCUGUGGCUUCUGACAUACGAUGAUGAAAAAACGACACUGGCAGAGGCUGUUGACAAAUACUGUGUUGGGGUACCGCCCAUACAGUGGCUACCAUGGAUUCCUCAGCUGUUGACGUGUUUGGUGAGAAAUGAGGGCCGACUUAUCAUUAAUCUUCUACAUCAAGUUGGACGCAUGUACCCGCAGGCUGUGUACUUCCCUAUCCGCACUCUAUACCUCACACUCAAAAUAGAACAGAGGGAGCGCUUCAAGAGUGGAGAAUUCAGCCUAUCUCAAGGACGAACGACGUCUGGUCAAACCUCAACAUCUGUGGCAGCUUCAUCAACGACAUCCGCGACCACCACCACAGCGUCUAACCCGCCCACACCCUCGGCACCCGCUACGCCAGGCACUCCAGACAGCAGUGGUACAGACAACAGUGUACAACCAACACAACAGACCUCCCAGUCCUCGUCUAGACAAAACUCCAACGCCCAGGGAGAUGCAGGGCCAAUCAGGGCACCUGCACCUAUGUGGCGCUGUAGCAAGAUCAUGCACAUCCAGCGUGACUGUCAUCCUACCAUUCUCAGCUCUCUGGAGGGGAUCGUAGACCAGAUGGUUUGGUUCCGUGAGAACUGGUAUGAAGAAGUCCUUCGACAGCUCCGACAGGGACUGGCCAAGUGUUAUGCUGUCGCAUUCGAGAACAGAGGAGCAGUGGCUGAUGCAACCAUCACACCCCACACCCUGAACUUCAUGAAGAAGCUGGUCAGUACGUUUGGUGUGGGGAUAGAGAAUGUGUCCAGUGUGACCACAACCUUCUCCUCAGCAGCCUCCGAAUCUCUGGCACGUCGUGCUCAGGCCACUGCACAGGACCCAGUAUUCCAGAAGAUGAAGAGCCAGUUUACCACAGACUUUGACUUCAGUGUUCCUGGGUCAACCAAGUUACACAACCUUAUCAGCAAACUCAAGAAGUGGAUCAAAAUCCUUGAGGCGAAGACCAAGCUAUUGCCGAAGUCUUUCCUGAUUGAGGAGAAGUGUCGCUUCCUCAGUAACUUUUCCCAACACACUGCUGAAGUAGAACUGCCAGGAGAAUUCCUGCUUCCAAAACAUAGCCACUACUAUGUAAGAAUAGCACGCUUUAUGCCAAGGGUGGAGAUUGUCCAGAAACACAACACGGCUGCACGUCGACUCUACAUCCGAGGUCACAAUGGCAAGGUGUACCCUUACCUGGUGGUCAAUGAUGCAUGUCUGACAGAGUCGCGGCGUGAAGAGCGUGUCCUGCAGCUGUUACGCAUGCUUAAUCACUUCCUCACAAAGCAGAAGGAGACUUGUCGACGCCUGCUGUAUUUCACCAUCCCUCGUGUGGUUGCUAUCUCCCCACAAAUGCGCCUUGUGGAAGAUAACCCUGCGUCUAUAUCCCUCUUGGAUGUCUACAAACAGAGAUGUGCUAAGCGAGGUAUUGAGCAUGAUGCCCCGAUUGCUCGGUACUAUGAGCGACUGGCAACAGUUCAGGCACGAGGCGCACAAGCGAGUCACCAAGUAUUACGUGAUGUACUGAAGGAGGUCCAGACAAACAUGGUACCACGUGGACUUCUCAAGGAGUGGGCUCUCCAUACCUUCCUCACCGCCACAGAUUACUGGACCUUCAGGAAAACGAUGACGAUACAACUAGCACUGAUGGGGUUUGCGGAGUAUGUACUCCACCUGACAAGGAUGAACCCUGACAUGAUGUACCUCCACCAGGACUGUGGCUACCUAAAUAUCUCUUACUUCAAGUUUGACAUUGAUGACCAAUCAGGUGACUUGGAUGCAAACCGCCCUGUUCCAUUCCGCCUCAGUCCUAACAUUGCAGACUUCCUGACUACAACAAGUGUGACAGGGCCUCUGACAGCCUCCAUGGUGGCAGCUGCCCGCUGUCUCGUCCAACCCCAGUAUAAGCUGCCCAGCUUCCUACGCACUAUCCUACGUGAUGAGUACAUCACUUGGCACAAAAAGAAACAAGAGGAGACAACUCCUGGGAGUGACCCGUCGGAUAUGGAUGGAGAGCAGCUGAUUGUCAUGGUCAGCAAAGCUGUGCAGGCAAUCACUACUCGCCUACAAAAUCUGGCAAAGUUUGAUGGGGCAGAAAGCAGCGUGAGUACUCUAGUUGCCGCUGCCAAUAGCCAUGACAACUUGUGCCGCAUGGACCCAGCGUGGCAUCCAUGGCUCUAAAGUGCCAUCACCAUGGACACACCUCUUAUACGAUGUUCCAUAUCUUGUUUGGUCACCGUCCAACUAUGACCCAGAAACGGCAUUAUAACUUUAUUGUACCAUCCCACCCAGAUACGUGACCACCAUGGGCGACCCAUAUUCCCAAGCAUUGAUGAAAUCUACAAACCAUUUUGUUCAGGAAUAAUGGCUGUGUUUUCAAUUACUUAAAACACUUACCUACGAGUUCUGCCUCUCAAAGGAAGUAUUCCUGAGAGCCUUCUUGCUGUGAUACAGUAUUUCAGAUGAUUUAUGUAUCUCAAAGGGCAUGUCACAGUAUUAGUGCUAUACUCAAUGGCCCCAGACAAUUCUACAGAGGUAAACUAUGGUGAAUUGUAGACAAGGGGAGGAGAGAGGUGUUUUGUGUCUAUGACUUUGUAGAAUUAUCAAUGAAAUAGUCGCUGAGAGUUUGUUUCUACACAUUUGUUAAAAAGAACUUACCUGGUAGAUAUUCUUAAUUUUCUUCAGCAUUUAGAUAACAAGUUAGAUAUAUCUAUAAACCCGUUUAGGUCUGCAUUGUAAGAGACAGCAAUGACAAAAAUUAUGUGUAUUGUGUUAGGAUUUUUUCUGAAAAUUGUAGUGGGGAGGGGGAGGGGGACAGAUUUGAAAUAUGGUUUCAAUUGUUUAUCAUGAACAUCACUAGAUUACAUAUGGACUGCAAUGAACAUGACAUCUGAAGAUUAUAUCAAUACUUUAAUACUAAGUGUUGUCAUUAGUCUAGAUCUUCACCUUCACAUCUUUCGAUAUAUAUAAGGCCAUGUGUUCAAGAUUUUAUUUACUUUAUAAGUAUCAGAAAGUUUGUAAUCAUAUUUGAUGUUGGUCAAAGACAAAAUUACAGUGAAGGGCAAGCAUUUUCUGUAUUAAAGUAUUAUAAAAGCUUGGGAUGAGAAAAUAAGAGGGCAGUUCUGUGUCGAAUUUAUUUAGAAAAAAGUAAAGGAAUAACAUUUCUUUGAAACAACACAUUGCUGAGAGUAGAGGCCGAUUAAUUGAGGACAAUGAGAUCAAAGAUUUUUAUUUUUAAGAUGUAGGUAAUAGGUGUUAACUCAUUCACCCCUGAAAUGUCAUGUUGAGCUAUUCCAAACUUUGAAUUGGAGGAGUUCAAAUGUGUCUUUAGGGGUGAAUGAGUUCAAUGAUAAAAAGCUUAUGGCCUCAAUGUUGUUUAAUGUAAUAAGUAAGAGAACAUUUUGUUUUGUUUUGUAGUGUAAUAUGAAAUCUCUUCUAAAAAUAAGUUGGGGACAUAAAUCGCCACAUAAGUACAUAGUUUGGUGUGAAGUUUAUUAAUAGGAUAAUAUCUUCUUCAGGUUUCACAAUAAAGUUCAGUAUUUGGUGUGCUCAUUAUUCCCUAAACAGUUUUUGAAAUAUUUUCGACGAUGUUUGGGAAAAUCGUGUUAGUGAUCUGUACUGUAAUCUGUGUGUUGGAAUUAUUAAUGUAUUGUUGUUAAUGGUUAUAUUCAUUUAUUUGUAUUGAACCUAUCAUCUUGGUUGUAUAAAUUGUAUAAAUUGUACAUAUUACAUCACAUCAACUUACAUAUUGUCCAUUAUUCACAUACUUCACCUUUCUGCCAAUCUUUUAUUUAUUCUUUUUUUUCCCAUCACAUUCAUUCUUACCAUCAUUAUGAAUUUGUCUUUCUGUAAACUGAUUUGCUCAUUUAUUCACUCCUGUAAAAGUUGCUUGUCAUUCAUUCAUUUAAAUAUCAAUCAUGUAACAGAUUUCAAUAUUAGUUGUCAUUCGUGAUGUCUAUAUAAACCCUGAUCUAGGAACUGAUUUUAAGUGGAGGCACGGUAGUCUAGUGGUAGGACGCCGGACUCGCGACCAAAGGGUUGCGGGUUCGAGUCACGGCA